CCGUCUUCUUAGGGGCACUGAUGCCCCUCCUAAGGAUCCUGCUCUCAGCAGUGGUAGAGGAGGCGAGAGAGGCGGAGAGAGCCUUCAGCGCUCCAGAGAACUUCCUGGAAGAGUACGACUUUAUCAUCGUCGGGAGCGGAGCCGGAGGUGGCGUUGUGGCAUCCCGCCUGGCAGAAGUACCCUCCUGGAACGUCCUCCUGCUGGAGGCAGGACCUGUCCCGCCGCAGGACAGUUACAUCCCGGGGCUGUUCGCCUUUGGAUACAUGCGGGGCAACAAUGACUGGGACUACGUCACCGAACCUCAGAACAACUGUCUCAAGAGCUUCGUUGGCCAGCGUGCCACUAUGCCACACGGGAAAGUUUUGGGGGGUUCGACGAUAACAAAUGGGAUGUUGUACGCCCGAGGCAACACAAAGGAUUUCGAUCACUGGGCGUCGCUGGGCAACGCUGGGUGGGAAUACGAAAACUGCCUUCAUUACUUCAGGAAGAGUGAGAACUACAGAGGCAGCAAGCUAGGAGAAACAGAGCUGUACCACGGCCGAGGUGGUCCAAUGUCUGUUACGGGGUCUCAUCCCGGAGACCUCUCAGUGGCAUUCCUGGCGGCAGGCGCAGAGCACGGCUUUGAUAUCAUCGACCCGAGCGGACCCGUUCAGACAGGUUUUUCUAAGCCUUAUUUCAAUAUAGGAGAUGGCAUCAGGUCUUCUGUAGCUUACUCAUUCAUCAGGCCAGCAGCAGCAUGGCCCAAUCUUCAUGUACUACAUAGUGCUACAGUACAAAAGAUCAUCUUGGAUGACGAGAAUGGAGCCAAGGGAGUGAUAUUCAAAUACGAUAACAUGUUGUAUAAAGCGAUGGCCAGCAGAGAGGUCAUCAUCAGCGCUGGGGCUCUUGGAUCGCCGAAACUCCUGAUGCUUUCCGGCAUAGGACCAGAGGAACAUCUACAGGAACACGGAAUACAACCUAUAGCUCAUGUUCCGGGAGUUGGACAGAAUCUGCAAGACCACAUGGGCGUGUACGGCCUCGUCUGGACGAUUAACAAAGGUUCAUCCUCCUCUAUGAGACAAAUCAUUGCUCCAGGAGCUAUUGAGCAAUAUGUGCUUGAAAGAGGAGGCCCUUACGCUGCCCCAAUUGGGGAUAUAGCAAACGCUUGGAUAGGCGUCAACGGAGAGAUCGACAAUGAUUAUCCUGACAUCCAAAUAUCGCUCUCACCUGCGCCAUUCCACCUCGAUAAAGGGCUCUUUGUGCCCUACAUCUUCGGCCUGGACAAAGCGCUCUAUAUGCGGCAUUAUUCCCCCUUGUUUGGUGAGGAUGGCUUCACACUAGUAAUUAACCUGCUGAGACCCAAGAGUGUUGGAUCAGUGACCCUCAGAUCUAGCAACCCAGAAGACCUACCUGUUAUUGAUCCUCAAUACCUAAGCCACGAGGAUGACAUAUACACCUUGCUGAAAGGUAUAAAAGCAGCCGUGAUAAUAGGGAAUUCAACUACUUUCAGACAGACUUUUGGGGCUAAGCUGUACAAUAAUGUGAAGCUUCGACCAGGAUUACUGUCGGGCGAACAAACGUUCGCCUCCUCGGAUAUUGUUCCGUAG